CACAGUCACACACAUCCUUAGUCCAUUGACGGGUGUGGUUGGUUUGUCUUCUAUUGUUUACAUCCGUUUUCUUUUUUCUUUGAUAAAGAUUUAAAUGAAAAAUUGCAUAAUUUAAUAGAUUAAUCAUGACCAAGUUUUAUCCCAACGUUAUCAUUUUUAUAUUUACCAUCACCACCUUAGGAAAAGUUUUGGGACUUGAGUGCUAUGUUUGUGAGAACCAAGAGGAUAACAAUGAGAAAUGUGUUAAGACAAUCAUAACUUGUGAACAUAACCAAGAUGUGUGUCUUACUGAAAUCAGAUGGGGUAGCACUCCCUAUUGGUCCCAAGGAGCUAAAAAGCAAUAUUACGUUUCUAAAAGAUGUUCUAAUAAGACUGAAUGUGCAUUGACUAGGCAACAUUAUAUGCCUUUAUGUACCCAUAUUUGGUAUCAGGAUUGGGUUUGUUCCGAUUGCUGUCAAGGGGAUCGUUGCAAUUACUAUGUCAUUAGUGGAACCUAUGGACUAAAACCUGUUCUCAGUAUUUUAAGUGGUAUCUUCCUUUUACAACUUAUACUGUAAGCAAAUAGUUACUCAUUUCUACCGAUGAAUGGCAUUUUAAUAAUACUUUUAAAAAAAGAUGACCUUAGUAAGUGGUGAUUUCAUGGAAAAAUUACUUACUGCACACUAGGUACUUUAAUUUUCAAAAGCUGUCACAACCCACAAUAAAUUUUAUUUUUUAAUGUUUGUUGAAAAUUGGUCUGUCCAAUUUUUGUCACCAAAAAUUUAAUACUUGAAUUUUCCAAUAGCAGGCUUAAAUUUAUAAUUUAUGUCUGGUUAAACAUUGUAAUAUGUAUUCUUAGUCUAAAAGCACAUUAUAAUAAACUAUUUCUUGCUGAGAUUUCUGUACUUAUGUCAUAUUGAGUGUCUAUAUUUAUGUAAUUGAAAAAAAAAAAACAAGCUACUUGUGUAGUCACAAUAUUUGGAUAAAAUAUAAUGAUUAUUUAUCCAACUACUGUGUAGUGUAGCUUAUUUUAUAACAAUGGAUUUUAUUUUUGGUCAAUGUUAUGAAAUGGAUUUUUACUGACUGAAAAUGUCUCCUUUUAAUCCUUCUUUUCUUAUUGUGUAUAGACUAUGUAAAUUAUCCGUCCAAGUAUUUUUAAGCAUAAAGUAAAAAGUUGACCCAGUUUUAUGUCUAAGUAAAAUUUUAUAUUAAUUUUAAUCAUUUUAACUGUAGCUACAGAUGUACUUUCUAGAUCUGAUUAAAUUGUUUGUAAGUAGGUAAUUAAGCAAAUGGUAGCAAUAUAAGUGCACAAUUACAAACUUAAAUUCAAAGAGGGUUUAAAAAGGAUUUUUUUAUUUGUACCUAUUUUAAGUAGAAAUGAAAUUACCUCUAAUGCCUUCCAACUAAUGUGUUACUUGAGAUGUAAUGCCUUUUUUUUUAAUAAACUUUGAUAACAAAUAA